AUGGCUCACACUAUACCAUUUUGUGUGGUUCUUGCGCCCCCAGGAGUUCCAGGGGCAGAGCCUGGCAUCUACAAUAACAAGCUUGUAUGGAUUGUCAAUGGAGUUAACGGACCAAAGUGGCUGGUCGCCGUCUAUUCAUUGCAUGGAACAGAAGACCUGGCAUCGUUUCGUUCCUCUCUGCGAGGUUGGGAAGACUGGCCUGGUAUUACUGCCCUCUUCAAUCAGAAUGGGACAACCUUUUGGUCUGUAAUCUUUGGAGCCAGAUCGGGAAUCUUUUAUCAAGAGGCACAUGCGACUGAGCAGAUGGAGCGCUCCCUACCUCAAUACAGGGCAGCGUUUGGGUUUGAUCGAUUUGAAAAUGCAUUAAUCUGCCAGAUGUCUCGAUCAAGCAAUAUUGUCGGUCUUCUUGACAGGUUACCUCGUCCUCACAUCGCCCCACCCUGUCCCCACCUCAAUCAGCCGUCGGUCCCCAGUCCUGAUGUUCCCUCGCCAGGAAUUUCGGGAGGAUCGUUGUCGCAGAAGCAGAAGCAGUCCAACGCCGACAUCUCGCACUCGAAGAUGCCCACCAGCCACGGAAGCCCGUCGAAAAGUUCUCACCUGACUUCCACCGUCCAUAUCACCAACAGCGGCAAUAACGAAGUAUUUUCUACUACAACUCAUAGGAAUGUCCACGACAUUGUUCAUCAAGGACCUAUUCGACAAGCAUCGCCGCAAAAAAUGUCCCGGGCAUCCCUACGUCUUCCAAGGCUUCUUCGACUGUACUUGGAUAUCUAUCAAUACCCCGAGGUCUUAAUUUCGCAAUACUUGGACAUGGCGGAGGAUCGUGAUGACUUUGUUGAGGCCAUGUCGUUUAAUGGUGUCCCAGAAGAGGCUGGUGGUUUUAUUUGGGACUUGUACUUGGGACUUCUGGGUUUCUAA